AUGCCUUUUCAAAUAUUUUCUGUUGAUACAUCUGUAUUACCAGAUAAUGUACUUUCGCUGGUCGAUGAUGCUUUUUAUAAAAUGGUCGAAGUUGUAGCAGGACCUGCCGAAGCUCAAUUAUUAGAGUUUCAAGGUGUUCGAGGAGUGUACUCUUUUCUCAAUACCGAUGAUGUAUUUGGUAUUCUUGCACUUAAAUGUUCAACAUUAACCAAUAUUAAAAAAUUAAUCUGUUUUGAAAUUGAUGAUGGUGAUGUUAAUACAGCUAUAAUAAAACCAGGUUGUCGAAGUAACAUUCGUUAUUUACAUCAAUUACUCUCACAAAGACAUGAUGAACAUAUGAAACAAAACAAAUACAAAUCCAGUGGAAAUAAACAAUCACAAUUAACAAAAAAUAAUGAUACAAGUUUAAAUAUUUCUCAAGAUCUAUCUCAAGCUUCUUCAACAUCUACAACUCAAUAA